UGCCCCAUCGUUGGGUCAGUGGGGGGAGGAAUAGUGCCCCAUCGUUGGUGUCAGUGGGGAGGGAAUAGUGCCCCAUCGUUGGUGUCAGUGGGGGGAGGAAUAGUGCCCCAUCGUUGGUGUCAGUGGGGGAGGAAUAGUGCCCCAUCGUUGGUGUCAGUGAGGGGAGGAAUAGUGCCCAUCGUUGGUGUCAGUGGGGGGAGGAAUAGUGCCCCAUCGUUGGUGUCAGUGGGGGGAGGAAUAGUGCCCCAUCGUUGGUGUCAGUGGGGGGAGGAAUAGUGCCCCAUCGU